AUGUACCACGGCAGGCUACUAAGAGCCCUGAACCUGUGUGAGGCUCCCGACAGGAGAGAGAGAAUCCGACGCUGCAUCAGGAUGGUGAUGGAGCAACUAGAAGAAGUUCUCACUGAGCUGAAGGAUGUAGCCAGAGAGCUACGAGAGGUAGUGGCUCAAAUUGACCAACUGACUUCAGACAUCGACUUGGACCCAGAAACUGAUGUGCUGUCUACUGCUUGCAGCUGUUUCAGCUCAACAGAGAAAGGAUUGGAUGACCUCCUCAACACAGACAUCCUCUCCCAAACCUGCAACCAGUUACUCUACAACCCUCUUUUGAACUCAGCCCUAAGCCCCAAAUCAGUCAAAAAUCAAGAUUCACAACUAUACCAGGGGCACAGAGGGGCAAUCCUGGUCCCAGCAGCUUUUUACCCAUGGAGCGGUAGGAACCUGAGCAUCCCGAACGGACCACUUCAGACUCCCCCUAGCCCUAGAGCAUCUUGGAGCUCAGGCUCUGGAGAGAGACUCAGUCCCUGUAAUAAAAACAUGUGUCACGCGCUCUGCUGUGAUGAUGAUGAUGAUGAUGAUGAUGAUGAUGAUGAUGAUGAUGAUAAUGACAACGACGACGAUGAUUGUGAAGGCAACAGUGGCGGACUGAGGUCAUCUAGACUGUCAUCCAACGAUUCAGUCUUUUCUUUGUCUCCCCAACGGCCACUGAGGUUGCAAGUCUUGACUCCCAAAUCUGACCAAAAAAGUCAUCAAAGCCCAAGCAUGAAAAAGAAAACUCUGCAAAGCCGUAGCACGCAAACUGUUUCAGACAAAAGUACACAAACUAUAUUUCCCUAUGUUUCCCGCACAGAGAGAGUUUACAGAGAACAGAGAUGCUAA